AUGUUGCGCCGGGAGCAAGACAAGCUCCACAGGCGCAUUGAGAAGGCUCAGAAGAAGAGUCUGGAAAAGGUUCGGCAGGACAACUUCAUCGGCAGCCUCAUCGGGGACAUGGAGCUUGAAGUGCCGGUGCCAGUCUCCAACCUGCUUUCCAGCAUCUUCCGGGCCAAGGAGGAACGGAAGGUGGCAAAGAGGCGGCGGUGGACCGAGGCACUAGGUCAGAAGCCGGCAGUUCGCGAAAUGCCGCAGGAGGAGGGGCCUUUCAGCGAGAACACCGUUCAGCUGUCCUGGGCCUGCGAGCUGCAGCACGGCAGGCUUGCCCAGCCUGAGCUGGCUGGGCAUGGGGAGGAGAAGCUCUGCCGCUGGGUACGCGAGGUCAUGUCCGGCGACCCCGUGGCCGAAGCAGAGCUGCCGGACGCCAUGUGGGCGCAGCUGGCGAAGCGCGCCGAAGGGUCUCCUCGGCCAGGGUUCUCUCGACCGAGCCCUGGCUCCAGCCCUGCAGGACCGGGCAUGGGCUUCUUUGAGCAGAAUGCCUUCAGUCCCGGUGGCGGUGUCAGGCCUGCGGCGCGGGCGGUGCGCCCGGACAUGGGGCCGGAUGCCAUGCAGGAUGGCCCCGAGCACAGCGGGGCCGAGGACAGCAGCCACUUUGACACCCUGGUGGGCCUAGUGAGCAACGUCGCAGGGCACCAGGUGGCCCAGCAGAUGGAGCGGGGCUUCGAGGCCGCCCAGCAACUGGCGCAGCAGGCGCGUGCCGCCUCGAAGCGCAUGGACCGAGGCGCAGCUGAAGCACCAGCACCGCCCUCCUUCUCUAGACGGCUGCAGGAGGCAGGAUCGGUCCUGAAUUUCUUCACGGAUUGGGCCGCACCUACCACCGGCGCCGAAGCGGUUCCCUCUCGGGAGGAGACUUCGGAGUUCUACCCUGCGGAGUCGCAUGCUCAAAGUGGUCAGAGCCGAGCCAGCCGCGCGUCCGAAAGAGAGGCCCGAAGGGCAAAGUUCCAGGAGAGGCCUUCUCUGCCUACGUGCAAACCAAGGCACCAGACACUGAGAAGUCUCGGCCGCCCCCCGUACCUUUGGCCCCUCCCCGGGCGGCGGAUCCGGAGGACGAGCCGCCCUCGCCGCCGCCUGCACCUCCAAGCCGCGAGGCUGUGCUGCUGGCACUGCAGGAGGGAGAGGAGGAGUUGA